UUUUUACUGUCUGACAAGAGAGCAUGAAGAGCAUUAAUACACUCUAGACUUAAUUUAUAAGUGUAAUGUUUAUCCUUUUGCGUAAUUAUUGAUUUUUUAAUUCUACUGUAUUCUACAUUUAGAAUUCUACAUUUAGAAAAGAGGGAAAAUGUUGUGCAGUAUAAGGAAUUGUAUGCCAUCUAUAGUAAGACGUAUUUCAUUAUUUCGCCAAAAUAACAAACGUUAUGAGAUAAGCAAUAACACCGAGUUUGUGAAUAAGGUGAUGAAUGGCACAGUGCCAGUUAUAGUCAAUUUUCAUGCAGAUUGGUGCGAUCCAUGUAAAAUAUUAACACCUAAAUUAAUAGAACUUAUAGAACCUAUGGAUAAGGUAGACUUAGCCAUAAUUGAUGUGGAAGAAAAUCCUGAACUAGUACACGUCUUUGAAGUGAAAGCUGUACCUGCGGUAAUAGCGAUUUCAAAUGGCCUAGUCGUAGACAAGUUUAUUGGCUUAGUCAACAACGAGAUGAUAGAGAAUUUAAUACAAAAGUUAACGCACGAAGGACCAAUAAAUACAGGAAAUGAAGAGAACUAAGUCGUAAUCAUGAGUAUUAUAAGCUUAUCCAAUACGUAUUUCACGCUUCCAUUUUCUCUAUCAAUGUAAUUUCAUACUUGUAGAGAAAAUGUAAUACUUCAAGCUAUUUCGUCCGAGAUUCAAGGCCUUUAUCUAAUCGUAAUCAGAUAAGCAUUAUGUAGAGCUAAAAAUUUUAGAUAUAUAUUAAUGUUGUAAAAUAUAUAUAUAUAUAUAUAGUUAUAACUGAAUAUAAUAUAUGAAACUAAUAUAUGUGUAUUAAUACUUACAAAUCUAAAAUGUCAAGGUUGUAUUGAAAUAUUUCUAUUUAGAAAUUCUAUAAUGCAGAGUUUGUUCCGCAGCCUAUAUCGUCAAUCGACCAAAAGAAAAUAUCGGUUUCUUCCUAAGAGAUAUAAAAAGAUAUAUAAAAAAAAUUAAAGAGAAUUUUACUAUAAAAAUUCUAGAGAUAGAAAAACUAUUGUGGACACUAUUGUAGAAUUUGUGAAAUGUACGAAGCACUUGUGAUAUACAUCUUUUUAGAUGCGACUUUUUCAAUAUUCUCGAGAUGAUUAUUUAUAUCUUUACUUAGAAGUUUACACAAAUUUAAUAAAAGUCACUUUAUGAUCCUAUAAUGUGUUGUGUGUGCAAUGAUAAUAAAUUUUUAAAAUAAUUUGAAU